CUGAUUUUCUUAUAUUUGAAGUGAAAGUCUCAGUAGGGGAAUUUCUGGGACAUCAGUCUGCUCUGGAUGGUUUGCAUGAGGUGUUUCAAAAAUCAUUGCGUUUACAUUUGAAAAUUCAUUUCAGUUUUCUUAAAUGCCAUUGUCAUGUCUGUUAUGAUUGUUCUGAUAAUUAUGCUUGUGCGCAUAGUUUUAUGAAUGGGUAAUAUAGAGGCAUGCCGUAAAACUAAACAUGAAACCUCGUUUGGUAAUAUGCAACAAGGCUUGGUAUACAUGGGUGAUAGAUAGGGAUGAGGUGAUGAUGCUGAACAAAUAUGUUACAGCAGCCGGAGAUGUACCAAUAGGACACUCUGCAUAUGUAAAAGCUAUGUACAAUCGAUGGUCUGAACAAGUGAUAAGAUUUACAGUGUUGUAGGAACUUGAGGAUUUGCUCCUAUUAUUUUCACUAUUGUUUAUCAGACUAUCUGCUAUACACAAGUACAUAACCCAAUGCUUUGAAACCCUUAAUUGCGACUUGGACAUGAGGUGAGGUGCUUGGAGCCUUGGACCUCACAAUAACAGAAGGAUAUGGAUACAUCUAAUCCUGCUGUCUUUGUCAAUGGGGGACUCCUGCGUAUGUAUGUGGGACGAAGGGUACGGACGGUGAUUCAGGUUCUGCAAUCUGAACGUGGAGCUGUAUUUGGAAAAUCCACAGAUAACCUGGAACUAGUUGUCAAAGGCUCCCCUUCCUCUAUUCCUCUUUCAACCUUUGUUGAAGUCAUUGGAAUUGCUGAUAGUGAGAAGUCCAUCCGAGCUGACAUUUGGACCAAUUUUGGGGACACAUUUGACACUAAUAGCUACAAUCAGCUCUGCCAACUUGCAAGCGGGGAGUUUAAGCACUUGUUCGUCUGACGUAGAGGUAGCUAUAUUUUGAUGCACAACUGAAAGGUGCUUUCUACCUUUUGGGUUAUGUAAAUAGAUGGGAUAUUUUGAUAAACUGGCCAUUGAUCUAAUCUGUUGAUGCCAUACUUCUGAAUUGGCAGAACCUAUGUUUUGAGCUUUCAGUCAACUGUUAAUUAGUUUAAGUAGUAUUUCUGACUCAUAUUUGGCUUUUUGAUAAUUGUGGAGCUGUUUUAUCUU